UAUUACGUCACGGUGGUUGCCUACAAUCGAGCCAUGGAACGGUCCGCACCAGUCUGUUCGGACAGUAUUACCAUAGUAACGGCGGAACCAAACGUCACCGAAGUGCUUGUCAAAGGAGCAAAGGUGAAAGGCGGCGUUGUACAAGAUACCUCCGAUCACGUGUGGAUUCUGAAUUCAAACAGGACCCGUAAUCAUGUAACCAAUCCUUCAUUGGACUGCAGACUUAUGGCGACAUUGUCGGAUGACGUUUCUCUGUAUCCGAUCAACCGAUACGUAAAUGGUGAUGUGGUCACGAGCUCUAAUGCCGAGUGUGUGGUUUCAUCUGCAGUACCUAAUACAUCAGUUAUUGUACUGGAGAGAAGUAACAAUCUUGAGGUGUCCUGGCGUAUUAUGUCAAAUACUAGUAUCGUAUUUGGUUACGAGAUUGGCUUGUCUACGAUACAAUACAGUCCAGCCCCGGAUUUGUACUCCUUCACUUCUACAAAGCAGCAUACACAUGACAGAAUCAGACACCCGGAUCUUGUAGAAGGGUCAAUUUUCUAUGUUCUUAUCAAAACCACCAGCAAGGCGAACGUCCAUGUCAUCCAGAGCAUUGGUCCACUAAUCAUCGAUACAACACCACCUAACGUAGCUGGACCCAUUAACGUUGAAUAUAAUGCGGGAUAUCUGGUCACGUGGUGGUCUGAUGAGGCUGUGAUUGACACUGAGGAGCCAUAUAAUCUGAAGUACCAGUAUGCCAUAGGGCAGUCACGCUUCGCUACUGAUGUACAGGAGUUUAAAGAUCUAGAGGAAGGACCCACCUGUUCACAUGAUCACUUUCCCCCUAACUGUACCUCCACAGACAUAGCAACUAUUAACUGGGAUUUCCACGGACAUCAUACUUAUUACGUCACCAUUAAGGUCCAGAAUACAGCCGGGUUGUUUACCACAUCGUCAUCAGACCCGUAUGUACAUGACGUCAUGUUACCAACACCCGGAAGCGUGAUUGAUAUCUCUGUUGAGGCGACGGCAAACUACGAUAUUUGGAAGGAUAUUCCUGAUAUUGACUUUCAAAAUGACACAUCUAAACUUCGUGUGAAGUGGACUGGCUUUUCUCAUCCUCACCUGAACGUCACCUACACAGUAUCCGUUGGCACCACAAGGAUGUCUUCCGAUGUGUUUGGACCUGUGUAUGUCGGAUACGAGACAACAUAUCUCAUCGAGGGAUUACUACUAAAGCAGUUGGAGACCUACUACACGACUGUUGAGGCCAACUCGUCCACAGGGACAGUGUUGGUAUCCUCGGAUGGUGUCACUGUAGUAUCCUCUCAGAUAGAACCAGACAUUCAGAUUGUGGAUGGUCUCAACUGCUUCAGUGAAGGUCGGCAACAAUUAGUCCUAGUGUCAUUCAUCAUAUGAUGCUUUUUUACC